CGACUCUGCCCGGCCCCUCCCCUCGGAGUGCUCCCCUCCCCCUCCAGGGCCCCUCCCCAGCCCCGCCCCCAGCCCCGCCCCCUCCCCUCUCUGCCUUAGCUCUGCUCGACUCUGCUAGGUUCCGAGCGCACCCGGGCUGCGGUGCCUGCUCUCCUCCGUGGGGCCGGCCGGGAGCCGAGGGUGCGCUGCUCCCAAGGAGCCCGGGGGGCCCGAGGAGUCGGAGGAGGGCCCGGGGCAGGGGGCCGGGGGAGAUGAGCUCGGCCGAGGCGGCGCCGGGGCCCGACAGGGGGGUCAAGAGCGAGAAAGUGGACGAAGCGCAGGCCCUGGCGCGGAGCUGCGCGGCGCGGAGACCCGACUUCCAGCCGUGCGACGGGCUCUCCAUCUGCGCCACCCACAGCCAUGGCAAGUGCUUCAAGCUGCACUGGUGCUGUCACCUAGGCUGGUGCCACUGUAAAUAUGUCUAUCAGCCGAUGACCCCCGUAGAACAGCUUCCAAGCACGGAGAUUCCUGCCAAGCCCCGGGAGCCCACCAACACCAUCCAGAUCUCGGUCUCGCUCACGGAACACUUCUUGAAAUUUGCGUCCGUCUUCCGGCCUCCCCUGCCCCGUGACUCUCCGAGGUAUUGCACGAUUUCCGACCUCUUCAUCGACAGCUAUCAGGUCAAGUGCAUCAACGGGAAAAUGUGCUAUGUGCAGAAACAGCCCCUGUCCCACCCCCACCCCACGAGCCCCGAGGAGGUCUCUGCACACGAUGCCUUAAUCUCAAAAGAGAGCAAUACACCAAAAAUCAAUCACUGCUCUUCUCCUUCGAGCUCCGAGGACUCGGGGAUCAACGCGAUUGGGGCUCACUACAUGGAAUCCUGCGAUGAGGACACAGAGGAAGGAGCCGAGCUGAGUUCAGAAGAAGAUUACAGUCCAGAGAGCAGUUGGGAGCCGGAUGAAUGCACCCUUCUGUCCCCAUCCCAGUCCGAUCUGGAAGUAAUUGAAACAAUAGAAACCACUGUGUGAGCCACUGAGGACGGAACUGUACCCCAGGGAUUGCUGCUGGAGAAGCUUCGGGUACCAUGUUGGAUCCAUUUUCCCCUCCCCCACAAUGGACAUUUUCUAAACCGCGUCACUAAGAGCAGAGAACUUAUAAUGCCUCCGUAACGGGCUCCCCUGGUUCACUUCUGCCUGGCAGAGCACUUUUUAUGACACUUAUACCCACGUCUAGUUUUCUUAUUUUAGCGGUGUUUGGUGUCGCCCAUGGUGGCCCUCUCUUAUCGAGUCAUGGUUGCGAAGCUUCAUGAAGACUUUUAUAGGAAGUACUUGAGGGUGAAGGGGACAUUGUGUAUCCUUCACAGUGUCACCCUUCUGUCCUUAUCUUGCUACUCUUAUUCACGAAGUGAUCCCAGUAAAUAGCCAUUCGCCCUGCCCUCAUUGUCCCCCAACGUUAGUUCUAGUCUAGCCAACUCCAGUUUUGUUCUAGUCAUUCUUCCUCCUCCAAAGGCCAUGCUGGUUUUGAAAGGGGCACUGAGAUGGUGUUGGGGGCCUAGAGCUAAGUCCCACGACUGCCGCUGAGAUGGUGUUGGGGGCCUAGAGCUAAGUCCCAUGACUGCCAUAGUACUGAUGCUAAGGUAGGUCCCAACCAGCCCCUGGAGAUGUAAGAGAGGCAGUGAGAUACGCAUAUCUGAGAUAGAGAUCUUCCCCGGCUGCCUUCUAUACUCGUCACCACCUGUUCCAUAUGGGGAUAUGAGGGUGGGGGAGAGCCCUUUGUGCCCUGUCUGGACUGCCAGUGCCCCAGCGAGAACCACCUUUGACUUCUUGACCAAGUAGAACACAUUCCCUUGGAAUAAUAUAACUAGUCUUGCUUUUUUGGGGGGAGAAAGUGGACAGCGAUGAAUCUUAAAUCUCUGGGUCUCUCUAAGGGCCCAACUGCCCAGGAUCAUCCUGGCCUCUCUUGAUUUCCCUUCAAAUUUUGGGAAGAAUUUUUAGAAGGCUAUUUAGGUGCAUUUAGCUUAAAGGAUUUGUAGAUUGGUAGAGGGAGAGAAGAGGGCUGAGAAGUCCUUAGAAGUCUGACCUCCUGCAUUUGAUGGAUAAGGAAAUGGAGGCUCCAAGAUGGGGAAGUGACUUGCCCAGGUGAGAAUGAUUUAGUCCAGAAUUAGUCCAAGGGCCUCUCUUCUCCCCCUAUUCGAGACCAUCCAUGAAGUGUAACACAAAUGGCCUGAGUGGGCAGAGCCCACGAGCAGAAGGAAUCCCAGAGGUCUAACUAACCCUACUUCAUUGAAGGAAGAUUGAAGACAGCUCUGGUGAAUUUGGAAGGACCAAGCAGUUGGAUGCAGGGGAUUUUAGUGCAAAUUCCUAGACCGUUAAAAUUGUGUUCUGAGAAUUCCGUUUGACUCGAUUCUCCUGAGCAAAUAGUAAUUGCCCGCUCUGGGGGAGCUGCUGUUAGGGACACGUGAUGAAAACCAGUGAUCCCCCCUUCAUGGAGCAUAUUGUCUCCCAGAGGGAUGGAAUUUGUGGGCAGAUAAAUGUAAUACAGAAUAAGGUGAGAGGGAUGCAAAGGGAUCUAAGAACAUUUGAGAAGGGAAGGUCAGGGAAGACUUCCUGGAGGAGAUGCCUCUGAGCUGAGCCUUGAAGGAAGAUCAUAGGACCAUGGGAAGGUCCUAAGAUGUGAAUGCUGGCAGAGAACUUUGAGACCAAACCCCUCAUUUUCCAGAGGAAAAAACUGAGGCCCAGAGAGGGAAGGAGACUCGCUCAUAAGAGAGAUUUAGAUAUUUGCUGAUGGGAGGGUUGGGGGGGGGGGCAGGCAUAGGAAGCAGCCUACGGCAAUGUAGGGAAAUGGGAGAUGAGCUGGAUGAGUUUGAGAAACAGCUAGAAGCCCAGGUUAGCUGGAGAGUCAAAGAAAUGAGGCUAGAAAGGGAGACUAGAGCCAGGUGCUAGGAGGACCGGAAAUUCCAAGCUAAGGAGAAAAUAGUUUAUGAAAUACUCCGAAAUUAUUUCACUGUUGCAUUCUUCUUCUUAUUUUGGUGUCCUCCCCCCCUCCCCCAAGACAGGAGAGCCACGAGUUCAAAGAGUUCUAUUUUACAUCUUUAUUCCUUCAAAGAAACUUUGAAGUGCCCCCCAACAGCCUCGUAUAGAAAAGAUCUGCCAUUUCUCCAUAUUGGUUAUCUUUUGGGAACACAGUUAAGGACUGGAGAAAUCUCCAAUAAUGCAUCAGUGGCCACAGGAUGAUCACAAUGGGGAAACGUUUCUUUGGCCUCUUCUACUCCAGACAGACAGAACAGGACCAGCUGAGCAGAGCUUCAUCAGUAUUCAAGUCCUCCCUCCAUCCCUCCCUCUCUCUCCCUCCCUCCCUCUCUCUGUCUCUCUUCUCUCUCUCUCUCUCUCUGUCUCUCUCUCUGUCUCUGGCUCUCUCUCUCUCUCUCUCUCUCUCUCUCUCUCUCUCUCUCUCUCUCUCUCUCUCUGUCUCUGGCUGUCUGUCUGUCUCUCUCUCUCUCUCUCUCUCUCUCUCUCUGUCUCUGGCUCUCUCUCUCUCUCUCUCUCUCUCUCUCUCUCUCUCUCUCUCUGUCUCUGGCUGUCUGUCUCUCUCUGUCUCUCUGUCUCUCCCUCUCUCCUUCCCUUUCUCUCUCCCCCCUCUUUCCUCUCUCUGUCUCUGUCUCUGUCUCUGUCUCUGUCUCUGUCUCUGUCUCUGUCUCUCUCUCUCUCUCUCUCUCUCUCUCUCUCUCUCUUUCUGUCUUCCUCUCUGUCUCUCUCUCCAUCUCCCCCUUUAAAUUAUAUCAGUUUCCACCUUCAGAGAUGAGGAAAUGUUAGCAUUAUCCUCAUUUUCCAUGAAGUUUCUCUUUUCUUCUAAUUGCUGCUGAGAGGACUCCCAGAGGUCAUCUAGUAUAACUCCUCCCCUUAUCUCCACCCCAUUCUAUAGAGGAGGAAACUGAGGCCUAGAGUUUUGCUCUUCUCAGAAGAUCAUCCAACCCCCUCACUUUACAGAUGAGGAAACUGAGGUUUAGACCGCCUUGCCCUCCCCCCUCUGCUUUUCCUCUCCCUUCCCCUUUCCUUGGCUCCUUCUCUCCCAGACGCUCUCUGCUGUCUGAAUGGCACGAACCCCAUGCGUGCCCCGUAAGCCAGCUCAAUUCCCCGCUCCCUUGAGGCUGCAGAGCCUCAGCAGGGCUUGGAAUGGGCUCCCUUCCUUCCCGAUUGCAGAGGGCAGGCUGUCCGUCCAUCCGCUUGGAUCCUUCCCAACAGCCUUGAAUGGGAGGCAAAGAGCAGGGCGGGCAGGCUGGAGAGCAGCUCUGCUUCCCUUCGAAGCCUUCCUGGGUUCCGGCAGCAGCGCAGCCCAGGCCUCCCCCUGCUUGUCCAGCGGUCUGAAUGGUGGCUCUUUCCGGCCUCCUCCAGGAGGUCACAGGAGAGGAGGGAGGCUAAGAGGGCUAGUGAGGGAGGGAGGGAGAGCCGGAGUGGGCAGAGCAGUCGCAGAGCCAGAGGAGACCCGAUUUCAAAGUCUGCCCCAUCCUCGCUCGCUGUGCAAUCCUGGGCAAGUCACUCACCCCUCUGCGCCUCAGUUUACCCAUCUCUAAAAUGGGGAUGAUACCACCAAUAGCACCUACCUCACAGGAUUGUCGUGAGGCUUCGAUGAGAUCUGGAAAAUGGCGAUCUUUUCUGCCAACAUUCAAGUGCUACCUAGAGGUCAGCUGCUCUGGCUCCGGACACGCGAGGCUCCUCCCUUACGGCUGGCCUGGCGGACGGGCGCAACUGCCCCCCUCGGCCCGCUGAGCCCUGAGCCUGGGCGGCCUCGAGGCCGGAGCCCGAGUCCCCCUUUCCCUUCAUGGCAGGGGCCUCGCUGGGCAUCGCUGGGAAGGGACUCCGGAGGCCAGCUUGUCCCACCAGUGCCUCCACCCAGCCUCCUCCUGACAAGGCAGCCCCCAGCCAGCCUGGAAGGAACACGCACACACACACACAGGCACAAGCACACACACAUGCACACAUAUGCACACGCACAGACGCACACACAUACGCACACACAUGCACACACGCACAGGUGCACACACGCACACACAUGUACACACACAUAUACGCACACACACACAUGUACACACGGUUCGCCCCCCCAGCUGACCCGUCCGUGCUUGGAGAUCUUUUAGACUCGCCCGAGUCCCUGGUUUUCAACUCUUCUACUGCCAGAGAAGCCAGGCCAGGGCUGGCCAGGCGGCCGGUGACACCCGAGGCGCUUCCUCUAAGCACAAGGACAGAUUUUCCCAGCAUGCACCACGGGCACCUGUUCCCGCGGAGCUGUGGGAGAAGCCCCCCCCCCCCCCCCCCCCCCGCACCCCACUGCUGUAGCGCUCAUCCCGUCACCCUGUUUAUCGGCACUUUAGACACGCGCAGACUUGGCCAGCGGCGGGCACCGAAGACGACGGCUCUGUGGGCCGGUUCUGCCGUGGGGGGGGGGCCGAGCCCAGCGGGCGGGCGUCGGAGCCUUCGGCAGGUGGAGGCCGAGGGCCGGCCUCUGCUGACUCCCAGCCGCAGAGACGCUGGCGCGCCGGGCCGGGCCCCCGCAGGCUGCCCCAAGGCCGUCGGGCGCCGGGAGACUCUCAAGAAGCAAUACUACGUGCAUUUUACCUUUUCACGUCCCUGAGGCUUGUGUUCGCACUUCUGAACGUUUGCUCAUCGCUUUCGUAAGAGAAAAUAAGGAGGAAGUGGGCGAAGCGGGUUGGCACAGCGCGGCUCACCGAGAAUCGAGGCCCUCCUCUGGGCCAAGCAGCGUGCCGGGCUGGGAUAUGCCGCCCAGCGGAAGGGGCCCUGCGGCGCCCCGCCUACCCCCGGCCAAUCAACACGCAAGAAGUCCCGGGAGACGCCGGCGGGGAAGGCCCAGGGCCGGCUCUCACGCUCCCCCUCCAUGGAAGGCGCCGGCCUAUAAAGAUGGAGACGAGGCGCGCCGGUCUCCUCGAACACUAUUCCCGGGACAUGGAAGAAGGGGAGUCCCGCGGGGUGACAGCGUGGCCAGGGUCACCCUCUCCCCCGACCCCAGCCCCAAAGACCAUUCUGGUUCUAAAGGGGCCGCCGAGAGGGUUCUGGGGGCCUCGAGCUAAUGCAUGGAUGGAGCCGCCAGAACCAAGGCGGCCGUAACGAGAGCCAGCUUUGGGGUCCAGAAGGGCCCAGCUCACGUUUGGCUUCUGAGGCAGUCUGGCCACGGAAGACGCCGGCCAGGCUCGGAGCCCCAGAAAAGGUGCAAGAGGGAGUGCCUUCAUAGGGGCAUUCCCCACACCAGGGAAGUGGAGUGAAAGGCCAGUGGAAGGGAGGGAUCCAAGCUAAGCACUUUGAGGAAUGGGGGUGGGGAGGGCACAUUGUUUACUUGGGGAAGAGGGAGAGAGAAACUUAUUUUAGGGAACACUAUCUGGGUUGGAUGGGCAGAAGAGGGCAGGUGGGGUGGGGAGGGACAGACUGAACCCCUCCCAUUCUGUGCACAUGUAUUAGGAACACGGGCACAUCUUUAGGCCUUUCGUAGAAGACCCAACAACAAUAAAUCACGAUGAUGGUGUCUCGACAUCACACCUGGUAUUUUUGUUAUUCAAAUGAGAACAGGAGAGAUCCUGGAAAUAAAAAAGAUGGCUGGUUCAAGCUCGGCAUGGCGCCCGGCGUCCCAUGCAGCAGCAGGCGGAGGCGCCGUUUGGGUCCAGACUGAGACUUAAAUUUAGGGCUUUUCCCCACCCUCACCCUCUACUUCUUGGUCUAUUUGAAACACCAGAAACCUUCUGGCAUCUGACUGCUGCAGGGAAAAAAAACAAUCUUUAUGCUAAUUAAUUCUCCCUUGGUAUAGGAAGGACGGAACCAAAUAGUUUUAACAGUUGUCAAAAUACCCACGGUCUGUGCUACUAAGCAAGACCCCCCCAAAAGCCAAGAUGUGUUUUCAAAUCAAAUUAGAUCUGAGCAAAAUACAGUUCGAGGCCAUCCACCUUCCCACAUAUUAUUUUCGCCUUCUUAUUGGUCGCGUCUCCUGCUAUUCUUAAACGCUCUGUUUACGCCACAUGAGAGGGAGCCAGGAGAAGAAGGAACCUUUGAAACUAGUUAACAGCAUCCCUGGAGAAGGUGUGAACCAGCACGUUUAGAGAGAGAGGUCAGCUUUGGCACCAUGAAUACAGCUCAUUUCCCCCUUGGAUUGGGGGUGAGGGAAGUGGGUUGGGGGUGUUCAAUUGAAUAGAAAUGACAGAACAGCUUUUGGGUUUGUUUGUUUUCCCCGAGUUAGAAUUAAAAAGCAGUUGGUUUCCUCCCCAUUAUUUUGUUGGAAAGGUCGUGAAUUCCCAGAUAUGGGAGCAGCCCCUGUGUAGGGAGACACACCUCUCUAAAAGGAAGAGAAAUGAUUCUUUGGAACAUUCGCCAUUUUGGACAUCGGCCGAACCACAUUUCCCCAUUAGCUCAGAUAAGCAGCAGAGUCGAAGGGGCAAGGAAUUGCCGCUUCUGUGGAAGUGGGUGCAUUACCUGCUCCAAAUGGAUGGGCCAGUUGGGAAGGUGAUCCAGCCAGAGGACUGAAUGCUAGAAGACUCCCCGACCCUCAUCGUGUCCAUCUCCACUUUUCUAAGCUGUUUCUCUACUUGUAAUGACCGCUUCCUGUGCUACUUUUCUAACAAUGGCUGAGAGUUGGAAGCACAGUGCUGACCGGGUGGUCCGUCCACUUCUGGAUUUUCCUAAAAUUCUAUUUGAUUUUCCUACAGCUAGCCAACCGUUUCCAAAUAUCUGUAUUCUACUUUAGGAAAGUAACUGCCUUGUAAAAUAAACAAUUUUUUCCUUCUU